AUGGAUAAACAAAUGAGUUCUGACACAGAGAAACCUCUCGGAGCAUACAGGUGGCAGACGCAUCCUUGGCUUCCUUGGAGGAUAAGCAAAGGAGAGCACUUGUUCAGCCUGAGAGGGGAGGGCAAUGAGCCAGGCCUGGCCAAAAGUUCUACAAGCGUGGAUGCUACCAGUGCUGAUGAUCUCCGUGAAGACCCCACAGAGGCGCUUUUGCAAGCAAGGACUAGACCGUUCCAGGUUCCCUUCAAGCGAUCUCUGUCUGAACCCGUGCCACACAUUGGAAACAGGAAUGCAAAGCCAUUUCUGCAAGCCGUGCGUUUGGUGGACUCUGAGCAGCAGGGCUACUUCAUCCGUGGCAUUUUCUCCUCUCUCUCAAGUGGCUUUUCAAAGAUAAUGAGUCGAAAAGGGGAGCCUGACAGUGAGUCAGUAGAUGAAGGGAAGACAGAAGAUAGUCAAAUCAGUUUGAGUACAGAUGUGAAGGGACCACCUACACACCGCCUGUCCUGCGGCCAGUCCCCCUACACCGAGACGACAACAUGGGAGAGGAAAUACUGCAUCCUGACAGACAGCCAGCUGGUGCUGCUCAACAGGGAGAAAGAGGUGCCUGUCGAUGGGGUCCAGGAGCCGCAGGCGUUAAGCACAAAAGUCAGAGGGCUGAGGAGGACGGUGCGCGUCCCAUCCCCUGCGAGGGAAAGCGAGCAGUGACCUCAGGGUGGAGCAAAGCUCCCUGUCCCAGCAGAGAGAUCUCCUCGCAGACGGAGCAUCUCCGGGACCAGCACCUCUGAGCAGAAGACCAACUCCAUGGAUGUUUCGAAUACUUCUCCUUUCAAAGUGCCAGGCUUCUUCAGUAAACGUCUGAAAGGAUCCAUCAAGAGGACAAAGAGUCAGUCAAAGCUGGACAGGAACACAAGUUUCCGUCUCCCAUCACUCCGCAGUGCCGAUGACAGGUCCCGCGGAUUGCCAAAGCUGAAGGAGUCCCGUUCCCAUGAGUCAUUACUGAGCCCAGGCAGCGCCGUGGAGUCCCUGGAUUUUGGGUCAGAAGAAAAAGUCUUUGUCAAACCACUUCACAGCAGUAUCCUUGGAAAAGACUUCUGCUUUGAGGUAACCUACUCCAGUGGCAGUAAAUGCUUCAGUUGUUCCUCUGCGGCAGAGAGGGACAGGUGGAUGGAAAACCUACGCAGAACAGUGCAGCCGACUAAGGACAACUGCCGUCGAGCUGAAAAUGUGCUCCGUCUCUGGAUCAUUGAGGCCAAGGAACUGGCCCCCAAGAAGAAAUACUUCUGUGAGCUGUGCCUUGAUGACACUCUCUUUGCCCGCACCACCAGCAAAACAAAAGCAGAUAACAUCUUCUGGGGAGAGCACUUUGAGUUCUACAGCCUCCCACCUCUUCACAGCAUCACAGUUCACAUCUACAAGGAUGGGGAGAAGAAGAAGAAAAAGGACAAGAACAAUUAUGUAGGCCUGGUCAACAUUCCCAUGGCCAGUGUAACUGGUCGCCAGUUUGUGGAAAAAUGGUACCCAGUCAGCACACCCACACCCAACAAAGGGAAAGCAGGGGGACCCUCCAUUCGGAUAAAGUCCCGUUACCAGACCAUCACCGUCUUGCCCAUGGAGCAAUACAAAGAAUUCGCAGAGUUUGUUACCAGCAACUACACUAUGCUGUGCUCUGUGCUGGAGCCUGUGAUCAGCGUCAGGAAUAAGGAGGAGAUGGCGUGUGCUUUGGUGCACAUUCUGCAGAGCACCGGGAGAGCCAAGGAUUUCUUGACAGAUUUGGUGAUGUCUGAGGUAGAUCGUUGCGGGGAGCACGAUGUCUUGAUCUUCAGGGAGAACACGCUUGCUACCAAAGCUAUUGAGGAGUACCUGAAGUUGGUAGGGCAGAAGUAUCUUCACGAUGCGCUAGGGGAGUUUAUCAAGGCUUUAUAUGAGUCAGAUGAAAACUGUGAAGUGGAUCCCAGCAAAUGUUUGUCCAGUGAAUUAACAGACCAUCAGAGCAACCUGAAAAUGUGUUGUGAGCUGGCCUUCUGCAAGAUUAUCAAUUCGUACUGCGUGUUCCCUCGUGAGCUGAAGGAGGUAUUUUCAUCUUGGAAGCAGCAGUGCCUGAGCAGGGGCAAGCAGGACAUCAGCGAACGCCUGAUCAGUGCCUCCCUCUUCCUCCGCUUCCUCUGCCCCGCUAUCAUGUCCCCCAGCCUCUUCAGCCUCAUGCAGGAGUAUCCCGACGACCAGACAUCUCGCACGCUCACGCUUAUUGCGAAAGUCAUUCAGAACCUCGCCAAUUUUGCUAAGUUUGGUAAUAAGGAAGAGUAUAUGGCCUUCAUGAAUGACUUUUUGGAACACGAGUGGGGAGGAAUGAAGCGUUUUCUUCUGGAGAUCUCUAAUCCGGAUAUUGCCUCAAACAUGCCUGGAUUCGAGGGCUACAUCGACCUGGGCAGAGAGCUCUCAGUUUUGCAUUCCCUCUUGUGGGAGGUUGUGUCCCAACUUGAUAAGGGUGAAAAUUCCUUCCUACAGGCGACCGUGGCAAAACUGGGACCUCUGCCUCGUAUUCUUGCCGAUAUCACCAAAUCAAUGACCAACCCUACGCCGAUACAGCAGCAGCUGAGGCGUUUCACUGAGCACAGCUCUAGUCCAAACAUCAGUGGCAGCCUCUCCUCAGGGCUUCAGAAGAUAUUUGAGGACCCCACUGAUGGCGACUUGCAUAAGCUGAAGUCUCCAACCCAGGAAAAUGUAGAUGGAUAUUUGAGGGGCAAGACCUUGCUGUUGCCACCGAUGCCGAAGGCCUCCGUGGACUCCAGUCUCGAGAACCUGAGCACUGCCAGCUCCCGGAGCCGAAGCAACAGUGAAGACUUCAAGCUCAGCGGGCCCAGCAACAGCAGCAUGGAGGACUUCGCCAAGCGCAGCACGCAGAGCGAGGACUUCUCUCGGCGCCACGCCGUCCCAGACAAGCACGUCCCCAUCGCCCUGCCCCGCCAGAACAGCAGCAGCCAGGCGCAGAUCCGCAGGGCGGACCAAGGCCGCUCCCGGCAGCAGUCGUCCUCCUCGAGAGAGAGCCCUGUCCCCAAGGUGAGGGCAAUUCAGAGACAGCAAACGCAGCAGGUUCAGUCGCCUGUGGACUCGGCCACAAUGUCACCAGUGGAAAGGACAGCUGCGUGGGUUCUCAAUAACGGGCAGUAUGAAGAAGUGGAGGAGGACGCAGAGCAGAAUCCCGAUGAAGUCAAGCAUGCUGAGAAGUACGAACAAGAGAUAGUGAAGCUGAAGGAGCGCCUGAAGGUGUCAAGUCGCCGGCUGGAGGAGUAUGAGCGGCGGCUCCUGGUGCAAGAGCAGCAAAUGCAGAAGCUGCUGAUGGAGUACAAGUCCAGGCUGGAAGACAGCGAGGAGAGACUGCGCAGGCAACAGGAGGAGAAGGACAGCCAGAUGAAAAGUAUCAUCAGCAGACUGAUGGCGGUUGAAGAGGAGCUGAAGAAGGAUCAUGCAGAGAUGCAAGCUGUCAUCGAUGCAAAGCAGAAAAUUAUUGAUGCACAGGAGAAGCGGAUCGUGUCCCUGGACUCUGCCAACACGCGGCUGAUGAGUGCCCUGACGCAGGUGAAGGAGCGCUACAGCAUGCAAGUCCGCAAUGGCAUCUCCCCCACCAACCCCACCAAGCUUUCCAUCACGGAGAAUGGUGAAUUCAAAAACAGCAGCUGCUGA